ACGAGUGCACAAAGACGAACGAGAACGGACUUGAUGAAAUAAUACUAAAUGCUCAAGAGCAAGAGACCGGUGCCCACGCAAGAUGCCGUUUUUGGGUCAAGCACCGCCUACGCCAUUCUCGCCCAUGUUGGAUCCUGCUGAACCCGGUCAUCAUUCCGAAUUCAACUUGCCUGAUCUGACUUCUACUACAUUUUGUCAAGUGGACCCUGAUGAAGGCGGCCAUCAUUACAAAAGUGAUUUGCCUGCUUCGACUCCUACUCCACUUGAACAAGUGGACCCUGCUGAAGGCGGCCAUCAUUACAAAAGUGAUUUGCCUGCCUCGACCCCUACUCCACUUGGUCAAGUGGACCCUGCUGAAGCCAGUGAUCCUUUCGAGUUCGAUUUAUCCGAUUGGAUUCCUGCUGAAUCUAGUCAAGUGGACCCUGCUGAAGGCAGCCAUCAUUGUAAAAGUGAUCUGCCUGCAUCGACUCCUACUCCAGUUGAACAAGUGGACGCUGCUGAAGCCAGUGAUCCUUUCGAGUUCGAUUUAUCCGAUUGGAUUCCUGCUGAAUCUAGUCAAGUGGACCCUGCUGAAGGCAGCCAUCAUUGUAAAAGUGAUUUGCCUGCAUCGACUCCUACUCCAGUUGAACAAGUGGACGCUGCUGAAGCCAGUGAUCCUUUCGAGUUCGAUUUAUCCGAUUGGAUUCCUGCUGAAUCUGGACAAGUGGACCCUGAUGAAGGUGGCCAUCAUUACAAAAGUGAUUUGCCUGCUUCGACUCCUACUCCACUUGAACAAGUGGACCCUGCUGAAGGCGGCCAUCAUUACAAAAGUGAUUUGCCUGCUUCGACUCCUACUCCACUUGGGCAAGUGGACCCUGCUGAAGCCAGUGAUCCUUUCGAGUUCGAUUUAUCCGAUUGGAUUCCUGCUGAAUCUAGGCAAGUGGACCCUGUUGAAGGCAGCCAUCAUUGUAAAGGUGAUUUGCCUGCCUCGACUCCUACUCCAGUUGAACAAGUGGAUCCUGCAGAAGGUGGCCAUUAUUACGAAAGUGAUUUGCCUGCCUUGACUCCUACUGCACUUGGGCAAGUGGACCCUGCUGAAGGCGGCCAUCACUGCGUACGUGAUUUGCCUGCUUCGACUUCUACUCCACUUGGGCAAGUGGACCCUGCUGAAGGCGGCGACGAUUCCGAAUUUGAUAGGUGUGCUUCGACUCCUACUCCAAUUGGACAAGGUGAUCCUGCUGAAAGCAGUCCUACCAAUGAACAUGCUUGGCCUCCUUGGACUCCUGCUUCUGCCAGCCAAGGUGCAGCUGCCGGACAGGAUGCUGAUGCCUGUUGUAACAGGCUAGACACUUGGAAUCCUUGGAAGACACCAGUUGUGCAAGCAGAAACACCACGCCGUGGCCGUCGAGCUCUUGCUACUUCAACACAAACUGAUAACAGGAAACAGAUAAACAGGACCAAUGCUAAAAUUACCAUGAAGGGCAAGCGCUCACCAAUACCAAAUAGGAAGAACAGCCAAGAUCGCCAUACGCACUCUGCUCCAUGUCUGAAGUGGGGUGCACAGGAGCCGCCGUCCAUAAACGAGUGCCUCAGAGUGAACCGGCUAUACCAGAACGAGCUGAUGUCUGCUAUUGAGACGUUGAAGGAGCAUCUCGCAACGAAUCGUGAGAACCAGAAAAUGGUCAACGAACUCGUUGCCAAUGCUAGGAAACGCCCGGGCCAACUUCCACCUAGAAAGCGCUCUUGGGUGGUCUUUGGUCACCCUUACUUCAAGGACAUCAACGGAAUGAGAGCCCCGAUGAACGACGAUGAGGUAUCCAGAAGAAGACUGUGUCUGCAGGACCCAUACCUGUAUGGGCCCAAACCAUGGUUUGAUAAGGAGAUUGCCUUGCUUCAAAUCAGCAUCCAGAAGAAUUUAAUUAAGACCAUCACAGACUCAUGCAUGCAGAGACGAGAAUACUUGAUGCAGUUCAAGAAAAAUAACUGUGAGACUGCGAAAGAAGUGGAAGAACUGGAUGCGAAAGUGGCCAGCCUAGAGAAAAUGGGCUUGGACCAGCUGCGUGAAAUGACUGACCGCAGUAUCGACUGGUGUGCGAUCUCCGCCAAUGACAUCGGCAUCCACCACAGUCCGCAGCAGUGCGAGCUGAUGUGGAAAAACAAGCUGAGCAGGGAUGUCAGUGCAUGGACACCAAAGGAAGACAUAGUGCUCAAGGCGCUUGUCAAGAAACUUGGCCUUCACGAAUGGGACAAGGUGGCUGCCCAGUUGGGUGGAAGACGGACACCAUUCCAGUGUGCUGAGAGGUACAUGCAGCAUUUUAACAAGUGCAUCAAAUCUGGGGCCUUCACGAAAAAUGAAGAUAUGCAGUUGCUCAAGCUGAUAGAUGAACAUAGGGUGGAUGGCGAGAUACGAUGGGAUAAAGUGACAUUAUCCAUGCCAACCCGCACGAGGAUGCAGCUGUCCUACCGAUGGGAGCGCGUGCUGAAUCCCAACCUUCGCCGCGGCAAGUUUAGCGAGGAUGAGGACAAGAUGCUGGUGAUAGCUGUGGAAACAUAUGGCCACCAGUGGGUCACAAUCAAGGACUACCUGCCAGGAAGAACUAGCCACCAGUGCCGUGAGAGAUACGCGAAUACAUUUUCCGGAAACCUCGUGUUUGGCCACUGGAGCCCGCAGGAAGAUCUCGAGCUGAUUAAGAUGAUCCAGAAGCAUGGCAUAGGCAAGUGGUCCCGCGUUGCAAGCGAAAUGACCUCCCGGAGUGACCACAUGAUAAAGACACGCUACCACAGACUUUGCAAACUGUUCUCUACCAAAGACCUCGAGAAACUGAAGAGUCUGGCAAAAUCCAGGGAAUGGAAAGAAACCGGGGACAGGACUACUUCAAAGCAGCGGAGGCUGGCCAUUAUCAAAGAGGUGGAGCAGGAGCAGGCUCGGGACGGAGACCCAAGGAUGACGAUGGAGCAAAAGUGUGAUUGGCUCUACACGCGCUUGUUAUCGCACAAUUAUGCUAUCGCCAUAAGUGAUGAUGAAUCCCCUGAGACUACGAAUAACAGCAAGGUCAGAAGGAAACGAACAAAGGCCAGCAGGAAGAUGUAUCAACAGGAAGACAUUGUCAUGCAGAAAGAUUUCAUGGCUGCACCUGUGAUGGAAUGCAGUCCAGGUUCAAGUUCGCCAGAACAAGAAAACAAUGAAACCACAAUAAGUAAUGGCUGGUCAAGUCCAUUCCUCAACAAAGAAGACAGCAAUGCAACAGCAGAAAGUGAUAGCCAAUCCAGUUUUUGGGAAUAUGAAGACUAUGAACAAUGUGAUACAGAUGAACAAAGUUCCGAAGAUGAAGUAGGAACAUGCAUAGGCAAUGAGCAAGACAAUGAGAAACUAGAUGAAGAUCAAGACAUAGAAAGUGAUGAAGAGCAGGAGGAACAGGAGCAAGAUGUAGAAGAUGAAAACAUGGAAGAGGAAGAAGGAGGCAAUGAAGAAAAGGCAGAAAAGAAUGGAGAAGAAGAAAUCGAUGAGAGACCAGUGCUUGAAAGCAUACGAAUGUUGUUACCAGUCUUCAACCAAGAAAUAUAUGCAACAGCAGAAAGUGAUAGCCAAUCCAGUUUUUGGGAAUAUGAAGACUAUGAACAAUGUGAUACAGAUGAACAAAGUUCCGAAGAUAAAGUAGGAACAUGCAUAGGCAAUGAGCAAGACAAUGAGAAACUAGAUGAAGAUCAAGACAUAGAAAGUGAUGAAGAGCAGGAGGAACAGGAGCAAGAUGUAGAAGAUGAAAACAUGGAAGAGGAAGAAGGAGGCAAUGAAGAAAAGGCAGAAAAGAAUGGAGAAGAAGAAAUCGAUGAGAGACCAGUGCUUGAAAGCAUACGAAUGUUGUUACCCGUCUUCAACCAAGAAAUAAAUGUAAAUGACCGAUGGGAAUGUCCAUUCUUUCGGACUGAGGAAGAAAAUAAUGAGGCGCCAGUGAAUUACUGCUGGUCAAGUGCAGCCCUUCGUGAUGAAGAAGGAAGCAAUGUGGCAACACCAUUAGAAGGUGAACAUCACAGGCUGUUUUCAUUCUUGCAUGAAAAAAAAGAAGCAGAAGAAAGGAAUGAGAAGGCACCACUGUGUGAAGAAUGGCCAGGCACUUUCUUCAUAGAUGAACUACAGCCCAACAAUGUGGUAACAGCAGUGACCGAUUUUGACCCACAUUCGAUGUUCCUCGACUAAGACGCAGAAGAACGCAACGAUGACAGUGUGACUGGCAAAUUAUGUCCGUGAUAAAAAAUGCCACCUCUUCAUCCUUUCCAACCUGUAUUCCAUCCAACAUAACUCAUAGAUCUGAAGCAGCAUAAGAAGCCUUUGCAAUGCGCACGAAAAAAAGAAGAUAAUAGGCUUUGGUCCACUUGCCCAUCAGUUCUACACACCUACUAGUCAGUGGAUCUACAUCAAUCAUCCUGUCAGGAGUUUUGCAGAGAACGAAAUCUCUCAUUUUUCUCUUUAGUAGUUCUCAAUACUUUGUCAUAUUGUGAUAUAUUCUCUGCUUCAAAUAAAUAAUUUCACUUUAAAACGACUGAUGACCCUACCUUGUUACAGUGUAAAUAGAGAUGCAGCCUCCACCACACUUCACCCAAAUAUGACUUAGCAUUUUUUUUCUUUUCCUGCGGGUGCUGCUGGUGAUCUCUGGUUGGGGUGCCUUGAAUGUGCUAGCCUAAUACAGCUUCCUUCCGAAUCAUUCGUACUGUGAGAGAUGCAUCUUCAUUGUUUGUAUUAAGUCCUCCGCAGCUGCUUUCCUAUAAAGGUCAAAUGCAAAAACACUCCUGUGCAGACCUUUGGGCUAUUGUUAAGAACAGGUUGUCAAAAUUAAUCCAGAUCUUUUGCCACAGCGCUUCAUGGCCCCUGCAUUGAUUUGGGAUGUUAUCAAAUCGGGGCAUUCUCCUUUUCAGUGGCUCCAUUCAUCCUAUGCCAAACAUGCAGAAGUAUCAAUUGAGGCAAAAAGCAAGGGCCAAUUUCGAGGCAUGGGAAACGACUUAAUGCAUAAAGCUUUCAGCAGCAUGGUAUGGUCUAAAACACUACACCCAGAAAAGCUAUCACAAUAGCAUUUAUCGCCAACAGUUUAUAGUGUCGGCGCUAACAGCUAUUGCCACAUUGACACUUACAAUCCAUGAAGCCACUCUGAAACUGGCCCUCAUUCUUAAUCAUUUAUACUGAAGAAUUAUAUAAUUAUUUGUCACCGGCUGAAGCCCUUCAGGCUUCACACCAGGCUUACUGAACCAACAUCCACUUAUUAAAACAGGAAAGAAAAUUCUCCAAUUAAAGCAUACACUUUUAUUUUGUAUAUGCUUGCACAAAAAUACCCUAAGGAGGUUAAGAAAGUAU